UUUCUUGACGGUCCCUGAGUGGGGGAGCCAGGGAGUGCAUGUGGCGCGCGUUCCCGUGACAACGCUGCGUGGAACUUCAGUCGGCGUGCAGCAUCCAGGUCGUCAGCGAUGGUGGCUUAGUGGCGUGACCUUGACUUGCCCUUGUCUGAGAUGGACAGACACAAGUGGUGCUGCUGCCUGGUGUGCGCGUUGCUGGGCACCGUCGGUCUGCUGUGCGUCUGCGUGGCCACUCUGCUGCCCACGGCGUGUUCCGGCAGCGGCGGUGGCUUCCGGCACGCCGCCGUCGCCGCAGACUCGCAGCUUUGCUCGCAGGUUGGCAGGAGCUUGCUGCAGCAGGGCGGCUCGGCAGUAGACGGCGCCAUCGCGGCCCUCCUGUGCACCGCAGUGGUCUACCCUCAGAGCAUGGGACUCGGCGGCGGUUCCGUAGUAACUGUUCGAAAUAGAACAGGUAAGGUGACGGUCUACAACUUCAGAGAGACGGUCCCUCAGAAAUUUAAAAGCAACCUGUUAGAUGAUUGUCCCGACUCGUUCAAAUAUAUGCCAGGUAGUCAGUGGAUCGGCGUUCCCGGAGAGCUGCGGGGCUACGAGGCCCUUCACAAGCGGUACGGCAGGCUGCCGUGGUCCAAGCUCUUCGAGGAGCCCAUAAGACUGGCCAGGGAGGGCAUCCCGGUGCCUCCUCAUCUGGGGAAGAUUCUUAGCAUGCCCACUGUGAAAAGCAGAGUAGAAGAUUCUUCCCUCUGUGAGGUUUUUUGCAACAACAACAAGAGUACGCUGGGGACAGGAGACAUCAUGAAGUUUCCUCAACUCGCUGAGAGCAUGCAGCUCAUUGCCAACAAAGGAGCCGACGCCUUCUACAUUGGCCAGAUGGCUUGGGAUUUAAUUCGUGACGUCAAAGCCGCAGGUGGAACAUUAGAAAUGGAGGAUCUCAGGUCCUACCGGGUCAGGGUGGCAGACGCGUGGACAGUUCCUCUCGGGGACAACCUGAUGCACAUCCCUCCACCGCCUGCUGGGGGCGUCCUGCUUGCUUUUAUCCUCAAGAUCAUGCAAGGGUUCUCCUUGACACCACAUUCCCUGGAUGGGGACCGGAAAACUCUGUUCUACCAUCAUUAUAUAGAGGCGGUCAAAUUUGCCAAUGGCCAGCGAAGGAGCAUUCGUGAUCCUUUCUUCAACAGCGAGACGGCUGCAGACCAUCUGAUGGAUCACGCCUUCAUCGAUCACAUCAGGAGAAUGAUUUCUUCCAACGGCACCCACCCGCCCUCCUACUACUCCAACUUCAGGCCGCCGCCAGAUGACACGGGGACGUCGCACGUGUCCGUGCUGGAUGAAGACGGACUGGCCGUCUCUGCCACCAGCACCAUAAACCAUUUAUUCGGAGGAAGCGUUUACUCCCCACGGACAGGCAUUAUCCUUAAUAAUGAGCUGGCUGACUUCUGUGGAAGAGCAGACACGCUGAAGCCCGGUGAGCAGCCUCCCUCCUCAAUGACACCGGCUAUACUCGAGUCCAAGUCUGGAGGACUUCUUGUGAUUGGUGGAGCAGGGGGAAGCAUGAUCACCACUGCAGUGGCCUUGUCUGUGAUAAAUCACCUUUGGCUGGGCAUGAGUCUGAAGGAGGCCAUAGAUGCUCCCAUCGUGUUUGUCGACUCCAAGAACAAUGUGAAUUUUCCACCCGAGUUUGACCAGUCUGUAAUCGACGGUCUCAGAGCUCUCGGACACCAGGUUGGACAAAUGCAAUAUUUUUUCAACAUAGUAAACGCUGUGGAGAAGGAGGAGAUAUGCAUUGUGGCUGAAUCGGAUGCAAGGAAGAAGGGGAUGGCAGACGGAUAUUGACAUGAACACGUCGCAAUUUCCCCUUAAGGCUCUCUUUUAAUAUUAACAAAAAUAAGGUGAGCUUUCUGGUAGCUUCUUAACAAAAUCACUGAUGAGUUUUGAGACAUAAAUACCAUGUGCUCUGUCUACUAUAUGACCUUUUCAACAUGUUCUAUUAUUAUUUGAGUUUUUUUUUGUUAUUAGUCUUUUUUUCAUUAUUAUCAUGUUUUUUAAUUUACUGGCAGUGGGGGUGGGGGUGUGGGGGGCAUUCAAUUUCAUUCCGGACAUCGUUAAGUUACAAAAAUGGUUUAUUCCUUACAAAUGGAAAAUUAUGAUUAUAUGUUAAAUAGCUGUUGUAUUAUUUUGACAUUUAUUUCUGUCAGCCUUUUUACUGGUGCAAGAAAAUCAUAUAGAGUUAAAGAGAAAAGUGAUAUAAAUUCAUAACAAUGAGAUAGGUGUAAAAAGUUUUAACGCUCUCAGGAUAUGUUUCUUUUAAUUUCAGUUUGGCUUCAUUGAUUAGUUGUUUUUUUGCCCCAUUUAUUAAAAAAUGGGUUCGAAAAAUUGGCUUAAAAAUCUCAAUUCUUCAAAUGUUCAACCUCAGAAAACUAUCGUAGUACAAUUAAAGGACUUUUUAAAUUUUGAUUUUUCCACAUUAAAAAAACUUGCAAUAUUUUACAUUUAUAGAUAGUACACACACACACACACAUAUACACAGACCCUUUCCAAAAAAAAAUUAAUAUCAUGGAAAAGUUGAUUUAUUUCCAUAAUUCCAUUCAAAAUGUUAAACCUUCAUAGAUUGAGGGCCCACAAUUUAAACAAUUUCAAGUAUUUAUUUAUUUUUAUGAUAUUUUACAUACUUUGGGCUUCCAGCUCAUAAAACCCACAAAAUCAGGAAUUAAAAAAAUUAGAACACUUUGAAGAAAUCAGCCCAAAUUUUGCAGGCCGUAAAUGUUUUAAACUGUGUGUCACACACUAAUCAUCUACUGAACUCACAGCACCUGCACAGGUUUCCCCAGGUGUCAUUAAAUUGCUUCAGUUUGGUUCAAUUGUCUCUGUUGGGUUCAAUAUGGGGAAAACUGCAGACUUGACAACUGGCCAGAAGACCAUCAUUGAUACCCUCCUUAGGAUGGGUAAGCCACAAACGUUCAUAGCUAAGGAGGCUGGUGGUUCACAGAGUGCUGUGUCCAAGCAUGUCAAUGGAAGGACAAAAUGUGGCAGGAGAUGAUGCACCAGCAAAAGCGAUGACUGUGGGCUUCACCGGAUUCUCAAACAGAGAAGAUUCAAGAAUAUAGCAGAGAUCCAGAAAGAGUGGAAUGAGGCGGGCGUCACAGCUUCAAAAACCACCACAUGCAGACGCAUCCGGGAGAUGGGCUACAACUGUCGGGUGAAGCCACUUCUGAGCCUCAGCCAACGUAGGAAGCGUCUCAACUGGGCCAAGGAGAAGGACUGGACUGAUAGCCAGUGGUCCGGGGUCCUCUUUUCCAAUGAAAGUAAAGUGUGCCUUUCAUUCGGGAAUCAAGGUCCAAGGGUUCGGAGGAAGACGGGUGAAGAAGAGAACCCAAGCUGCUUGAGGUCCAGUGUGAAAUAUCCACAGUCCGUCAUGAUUUGGGGUGCAAUGUCCAGUGCAGGUGUUGGUAAACUCUGCUUUCUUAAAUCCAAAGUCACCACAAGAGUCUACCAGAAUGUUUUAGAGGACUUGAUGAUUCCUUCUGCUGAGGAUCUGUUUGGAGAUGCAGAUUCCAUCUUCCAGAAGGACCUGGGCCCUGCCCAUACCGCCAGAAGCACCAAAACCUGGUUUGGUGAGCCAUGCCAUCACAGUGCUUGACUGGCCAGCCAACUCGCCAGAUCUAAACUCCAUUGAGAAUCUAUGGGGUAUUAUCAAGAGGAAAAUGAGGGGCACCAGAACCAAAAACAAACAACUGAGCGUCAAGGAAAUCUGGAAUUCCUGAUUUCCUGGGCUUUAUGAGCUGGAAGCCCAAAUUAUGUAAACAUAAAUAAAUACUUCAAAUUGUGGGCCCUGAAUCUAUAAUCUAUGAAAGUAACUUUGAAUGGAAUUAUGGAAAUAAAAUAAACUUUGCCAUGAUAUUCAAUUUUUUUCGAAAGGGUCUGCGCAUGUGUACUAGUACACCUUUUCUUCAUUGUUUUGAAUUAUAACCUUUUAUUGUCGUUAUUCUUAUGUAGCAGAGAAAUUAUGUGAGCUGGGCCCAUUGGAACUGAAGUUUACCAACUAUUCCUUGUUACACUUUAUGAAAACAACCGUUAAAAUAAGGUUUAAUUUCUAAUAAACUGGAAUGUACAUCGUGUGUGUUAUCACAGCCAUCAAAGCAUUAUGUUGAUCAAACUGCUGCAUUCUGCUUUGUACUGCUUUCUCACUGUGGUACAUGUCAUACAAGCACAUUUUACUGUCAUCAAAUAAACAAGUGCCCUAAAAAAAUGGCUGAAAAUUGA